AUGGCAACCACAACACUCCUCCCUCAGGCAGCACGAAGGUAUUGCUUUUUUGCUCUCGGACUUAUAUUGACAGAUGAGAAACUUGGUCAUUCAUGUGGCUUUGGCAAUAUAAGUGCAACUAAUUAUACAGUGGGACUCAUUAGCAUAAGGUUUUGCAGACUAGAGGGAAAGGUUGCGGUGAUCACGGGCGGGGCGGGUGGCAUAGGAGAAUCUACCGCAAGGCUCUUCUCCAAGCAUGGGGCUAAAGUCAUUAUAGCUGACAUUCGAGACGACCUGGGCAAGUCGGUGUGCAUGGAUUUGGGGCCUGAGACUGCAUCCUUUGUGCAUUGCGACGUAUCAAUUGAAUCCGACAUUGAAAACGCCAUUGCCACCGCAGUCGACAAGUAUGGAAAGCUGGACAUAAUGGUGAACAACGCUGCAAUUUGCGACCCGCCCAAAGCCAACAUAUUGGACAAUGACAAGGCUGACUUUGAGAGAGUGAUCAGCGUGAACUUGACGGGUGUUUUCUUAGGGACCAAGCAUGCGGCUCGCGCCAUGAUCCCAUCGCGAAGUGGGAGCAUCAUCAAUGUCGGGAGCGUCAGCUCAAGUGUGGGCGGAGUCGCAUCCCAUGCGUAUACCAGCUCCAAGCACGCCAUCGUGGGGCUCACGAGGAACGUGGCCGCGGAGCUCGGGCAAUACGGAAUUCGCGUCAACUGUCUCUCGCCGUAUUUCAUCCUGACACCAUUGACAAAGGAGUUCUUCAAAAUCGACGAGAAUGCAGGAGUCCGGGUGUAUUCUAACUUGGAUGGGGUGAGUCUUCAGGAAGAAGAUGUGGCGGAGGCUGCUCUGUAUUUGGGGAGUGAUGGGUCCAAGUACAUCAGUGGCCAGAACUUGGCAGUGGAUGGAGGCUUUACCACCAUCAAUCCCGCCUUUGGAUUGUUUGCUCGUGCUUAGCAAACAACACCUCUUCAUACUA